AUGCGCACUUCGGAACACUGGACCCGGCUCAAGGAAGAUCUCCGAAGUGACGACUGCGUGGCAAGAGGGCAAUGGAGCGUCGACUCGGGCGAACGGCUUCAGUUCCGGGAGGCCUCCUCUGUUGACGAGUUUCCCUCUUGGGCAGGGCCGGAACCGCCAAGAACUCCCAUUACCGCGAAUAAUGACUUGACCAGAUCCACCUAUAAUGCAGGUGAUAGGGUGCAGCCUGUCUGUGUUCGUUGCCAGACGGCCUCCAGGGAAUGUACAUGGCUCGAUGCCCCUAAAACGCCCUUGCCAGCGGCAGUAUCCACUCUUCCGGCAGCGACUGAUCCUGCAGCUCCUACAUCACGAAUAUCCAGAGCGAUAACGCUGUCUCCAGGUCGAACAAUAGCGACUCCCGCAUCGCGCCCAGAGCCGAGAGUCACUUUUGUAUCGGUACACCCAUCCCGAGAGGCUCUCAAGCAUCCGCACGUUGCCGAACGCCUCCGCCACUACAUCUUCUUCCUAGCCGACUGGUACGAUCUACACGAUGCGCAGAGCUACUUUAGAACCACUGUUCCAUCGAUGGCACAAACGAACCCCUUGCUGCUCAGCGCAAUCCUAGCCUUUUCCGCCGCGUCCCAGUAUUGCGCCGAUUAUUCGAUGCCUCAAGAGCAGAAAGCCCACCAUCGAGAGAUAGCCGAGGCAUACCAUGCCGAGAGCAUCGAAAUGCUGAUCACGGCGGCUGAAGACCCGGAGAAUUUUCACAACGGACAGACCUUGGCGGCUAUCUGCUUGUUGAGAUCCUACGAGCUUAUAAUUGAGCGGACUGAGCCUCAAAGUCGACUCUUUGACGCCGGAUUCUGGAACUACCUACGACAAGAUAUCACCGUUGCUCUGCUCUGCAAGAGAGGGUUCCUGAUGGAGCUCAAGGAGAGUUGCGUGCCGCAACUUGGCCGCGAAGACAGCGACUUUGCCAACAAGGUAACAUGCCAACUAGCAAAAGUGAUCAAUCGAUGUCCCCGGCACGAUGCGCCUGCAAUAGAGCGCGAAGAAUGGGAAGAGCUAUCGAAGGAGACGGAAACCUACGUUAGCGGAUUUCUCUCCGAACCGAUCAACAGCGCCGGCCUCCCGGCGCUCUGGACGCCGUGUGACUGGGACACGUCUAGCUGGCAGUACUGGCAUACUGCCAUGAUAAUUCUUUGUCUCGCGGAACCGCGACCGUCGGAAUGGAGUGCUUUGAAGCAAAUCCAACGGACGCAAUCCUUCAAGAACACGCUUGAUUACCACGCCACGUACAUCUGCGCGUUGGCCAUCAACAGUUCCUCAACUCCGGUGUGGAUCAACUCGUUCAGACCCAUCUCCUUUUGUGCGAGAUGGCUACGAGAGCGUAAGAAGGCACUUGAGUUGAUUGACGCUGUUCGGAACUGGGGGGACAGAACCGGGUGGCCGAUUGGCGAGGUCUUGGCCUGCAUUGAGACGCCGUGGGAUCAAAAGCCUGAAAUCCAGGGCCAAAAGGGACGUGCUAUAGCCACGCCCCCUGGUCGCUCAUGGCAUACCCCCCCUACUAGUUGA